AUGCAGUCUACAAUUGGGCUCAUCUGCCAGGGGAAGAACGUGCUGCUGCUGGGUGAAGAUGGAGCUGGAAAAACAAGCUUAAUAAGAAAAAUUCAGGGAAUAGAGGAGUACAAGAAAGGAAGAGGAUUGGAAUAUUUGUACUUAAAUGUUCAUGAUGAAGACAGGGACGAUCAAACAAGAUGUAAUGUAUGGAUCUUGGAUGGAGACCCCUAUCACAAAGGCCUCCUUAAAUUCUCACUGGAUGCCAUUUCUCUGAAGGACACUUUAGUUAUGCUGGUUGUUGACAUGUCAAAGCCUUGGACUGCUUUGGAUUCUUUACAAAAAUGGGCAAGUGUUGUUAGAGAACAUAUUGACAAAUUGAAAGUUCCUCCUGAAGAAAUGAAAGAAAUGGAACAAAAGUUGGUUAGAGAUUUUCAAGAAUAUGUAGAACCAGGAGAAGAUUUCCCAGCUUCCCCUCAGAGAAGAAAUACCACGUCACAGGAAGACAAAGAUGACAGUGUGCUCUUGCCUCUGGGUGCGGAUACACUCACACAGAACUUGGGCGUUCCAGUACUGGUGGUUUGCACAAAGUGUGAUGCCAUUAGUGUGUUGGAGAAAGAACAUGACUACAGAGAUGAGCAUUUUGAUUUUAUUCAGUCACAUAUCCGGAAGUUUUGUUUACAGUAUGGUGCAGCACUUAUAUACACUUCAGUAAAAGAAAAUAAAAAUAUAGAUUUAGUAUAUAAGUACAUCGCCCAGAAACUCUAUGGAUUUCCUUAUAAGAUUCUUGCUGUUGUUGUGGAAAAAGAUGCAGUAUUUAUUCCAGCAGGGUGGGAUAAUGAUAACAAAAUAGGAAUAUUACAUGAAAACUUUCAAACGUUGAAAGCAGAAGAUAAUUUUGAAGACAUCAUAACUAAACCACCUGUCCGAAAGGUUGUGCAUGAGAAGGAAAUUGUGGCGGAAGAAGACCAAGUGUUUCUUAUGAAGCUACAGUCCCUUUUAGCAAAGCAGCCACCAACUGCAGCUGGAAGGCCUGUGGACGCCUCACCAAGAGUCCCAGGAGGCUCCCCUCGAACACCAAACAGAUCUGUGUCAUCCAACGUUGCUAGCGUGUCACCCAUCCCUGCUGGGUCAAAAAAAAUCGAUCCAAACAUGAAAGCUGGAGCUACAAGUGAAGGUGUCCUGGCAAAUUUCUUUAACAGUUUGCUGAGUAAAAAGACUGGCUCCCCAGGAGGCCCUGGUGUUGGUGGUGGUAGCCCUGGAGGUGGGGCUGCAGGCGGAGGUGGCAGUUUACCACCGUCUGCCAAAAAGUCAGGCCAGAAGCCCGUCCUCUCAGAUGUUCAUGCGGAACUGGACAGAAUCGCACGGAAACCAGUGACGGUUUCCGCUACAACACCUCCAUCUCCUGCAGAAGGAGACGCUUCUUGAAGAUGCCAAAUAAAGCCAUCUAUUCAGUUUUCUGGGAUAAUGUAAACUUGCCUCUGCCUUCUCCUUCAAAAGCGGAAUUAGGGAGCUGGAGUGCUUUUUCAG